UAUAUUCCAUUUAUAUUUUUAGGUUCCACAGCCAUAUGAUGGGUAAUGAAAGGAGUCAGCCAACAGGACUGUCAAUUGAUGAAACAGCGACUGAAGUAACUGACAGCUGGUCACUUCAUGGAGCAACUUAUGCAGUUGGAAGUGUGCCAAAGAUAUCAGUUUUUGUCACAUCAUGUAGUAAUUCCUCUGAAGUCUCUCAGUUGGAAAAAUUCACAAAGAAUGUUAUGUUAUACCGUCAUCCUUGCAUCUUAAAAUAUGUAGCAAGCUGGAAGAAAGGAUGGAAGUUUCACUUGGCCACAGAACAAGUACAGCCUCUUGCUCAGGUUCUUCCCUCUCAAACUGCACUCCAAGUCUGUGUGGGUCUGCAGAACAUUCUGAAAGCUCUGGUCUUCCUUCACGAAUCUGGGUCAGCAUCACAUAAUAAUGUUUGUAGGGCUGCUAUUAUAUGUCACUCAAGGAGGUUCAUGGAAGCUAGGAGGAUUAGAGUAUCUUUGCAGAUGUAAUGAUAUGAGCAGCAGUUAUCUUGAAGAGACACGCAAGAGCCGGUAUGAACCUGCCAUUGCUCCUAAUGAGGCUGAACAUCUGCCCCAGCCUCCGACAGCUGUGGACAGCUAUGCAUUUGGAGUUCUUGCCCAAGAGGUAUCUCUCUAACAAACAAGCAGGUAUUAUUUUUAAGAUCUG